GAGAGAGAGAGAGAGAUUGUAGACGAAAACCGAAAUUCGUUUAAUUCUCUCUCUAUACAAAUGAAGAGAUCUUUGCCUGAAGAUCCAAUCGACGGCAGUACCGACGUUGACCAUGAUGGCAAGAUGAAGAAGAUCAAGCCAUCGGAAGAAGAUCCGGCUCCGGUGACGGAGGCAGGAACGGAGGAUGUUCUGUUGGACGAAAACUUGCUCUACGAAGUCCUAAAGCACGUCGACGCUCGGACUUUAGGUGCGGCGAGUUGCGUGAGCAGGCAGUGGCAUCGGACCGCCCGGGAUGAGCGGUUAUGGGAGCUGAUCUGUACUAGGCACUGGACUAAUAUGGGGUGCGGCAACAACCAGCUCCGAUCAGUGGUCCUUGCACUUGGAGGUUUCCGCCGCCUCCAUGCUCAUUACCUUUGGCCUUUAUCUAAGCCUUCAACCACAUCACAGUCUUCUUCCACCAUCUCCGCUGCCGCUGUUGCAUCCAGCUCGUCGUGGCCGUGCUUACCACCGCCGCGUACAACUGAUCUUUCAAAGCCUACAUCUCCCAAAACUCGUUGGGUAAAAGACGAGGUUCAGCUCUCGUUGUCUCUACUCUCGAUUCGUUUCUACGUGAAGAUGAAUUACAAUAACCGAAGCAAAUGAAACCGAACAGAAUCACGUCAUGAAAAACAUAUAGCUCACUUCUAUGUAAUUCGUCACUUGAGUUUCUCCUUAAGUUUAAUUUGAUGUUUGUUCCUAAUUUCAAGUAUCAAAACAUCUGUUCUUCUAAAUCUCUAACCAAGAACAACAUAAACUGUUGAAAUUGUCUUUCCUUCUUACUACCAUCAAUGGCGUGUCUCUGUAAAUUGAUAUUGGAACGAAUAUUUUG